AUGGCCACCGCAACCGUGACGACGCCCAUCAAGAGCCACCGCGGGAUCUUUAACACAAAGACGGCUGGCGGUCGACUGCCUCUCACCCCGUCUCCUCGAACUCGCACAAACAGUGUGACCAACGUGUCCAGCAGCGAGUCUCCUUUUACCCCUCCAAAGCACGCAGACGGCGAGCGCCCUGCCAAGGGUUCCAAAUCGGUCUAUGGAGGUAACCUGUCAUCCCACUUCAGCAAGUCUUUGUCAAAGACCACCCGCUCGCACAGAGACUCUCCCAAGUCCAACAUUGCCAGGAUCCGCAAGUCUCCAAAGCACCUGGAGCUGGGCGUCUCAGACUGGACCUUGACUGGAACGGGUCCGAGCAGAUCCACACCAUCGAAGGAGCGAACAAGGGAAAGGGUGACAAAGGAGAGAGCUGCAAAGGAGAAGGUCUCGAAAGAAAAGGUACCAAAAGAGAAAGCUUCUCGAGAGAAGGUUGCAACAACUCGUACCACUCGAUCAACGAAAACAACUGUUCGCAUUCCUCACAAUGCCGGCGACCGCUUCAUCCCUAACCGCAUGGCAAGCGAGGGCCUGGCUACGGCUGGUACCGCAAAGCCAGAAGAGAACUCUCGCCCGAAGACUAGCGGCAGUGAGGGCUCCGCGGUUCUGGCAAACGCUGCCAGUGCAUUCGACAUCGGUGGUCGCGGCUCUGAGGAGGAUCUCACUGCUGCACUGGAGAACCUAGGUCUGGAGGACAACGAGCCGUCCAGCAACUACUCUCGCCCGGCCCCUGAUGCUGUCGCAUAUGAGUCCUCCCUAGCCAACGCUUGUGGCGUGAAUCUAAACACCCGUAUUCUUGCCUUCAAGCCUCCGCCCCCGGAGUCUUCUAAGCCCAUUGACCUGCGCGCGCAAUACAACCGUCCCCUGAAGCCCGCCGGAGCUCAGUCGGCUCAGUUCCGACGCCGUGUCCAGACGGCACCAGAGCGUGUCCUGGAUGCUCCAGGUAUGCUGGAUGACUACUACCUGAACUUGCUUGACUGGGGCUCUGGCAACCAGGUUGCUAUCGGGCUCGAACGAAAUGUCUACGUCUGGUCUGCUGACACCGGCACGGUCAACUGCCUCCUGGAGACCUCUCCCGACACCUACGUCAGCAGUGUCAAGUGGAGCGGAGACGGAGCAUACGUUGGUGUUGGACUGGGUACUGGGGAAGUCCAGAUCUGGGAUGUGGAAGAAGGAACCAAGCUUCGCAGCAUGUUCGGUCAUGACUCCCGCGUCGGUGUCAUGGGCUGGUCCAAACACACUCUGUCGACUGGCGCCCGCAGUGGACUCGUUUUCAACCACGAUGUCCGCAUCGCCGACCACAAGGUCGCUGAACUCGUUUCUCACACCUCCGAAGUCUGCGGUCUGGAAUGGCGAUCCGACGGUGCCCAGCUGGCGACCGGGGGCAACGACAACCUGGUCAACAUCUGGGACUCUCGAUCCCUGAGCGCUCCCAAAUUCACCAAGACCAACCACCGUGCUGCUGUUAAGGCGCUCAGUUGGUGCCCCUGGCAAUUGAACCUCCUGGCCACGGGUGGAGGUUCUUAUGACCGUCACAUCCACUUCUGGAACACCACAACCGGCGCUCGUACCAACAGCAUCGACACCGGCUCGCAAGUCACCAGUCUGCGGUGGAGCAACCAUUACCGGGAGAUCGUCAGCUCGAGUGGAUUCCCCGACAACUCGCUCAGCAUCUGGAGUUACCCUACUCUGGUCCGCAACGUGGAGAUCCCCGCCCAUGAGACCCGUGUGUUGCACAGCUGCCUCAGCCCAGACGGCCAGAUGCUGGCCACUGCGGCUGCAGACGAGAGCCUCAAGUUCUGGAAGAUCUUCGAGCGCAAGCCUGGCACCAGCGCUGCGGCCUCUCGCGAGGGCGGUGUAGGCAGCAAGGCUCAGAUGGCUAAGUCCAUGACCAUCCGAUGA